AUGCGUCGUGCCUAUCAAAGAGCAGUAACUAUUCCUUUGAAUAAUAUUGAACAUCUCUGGAAAGAAUAUGAUCAGUGGGAAAAUACCUUAAACAGAUUAACUGCUAAAAAAUUCCUCGGAGAAACUUCGUCCGCUUAUAUGACGGCUCGUACGGCCUUAAGAGAAAUGCGCUUAUAUACAGAAAAGAUUAGUAUUAACGUUGCUGCUGUACCACCUACCUGGACUUCAAAUGAAAUUGCUCAGUUAGAUGCAUGGAAGAAAUAUAUUGAUUGGGAAAAGAAGAAUCCUUUGCAGUUGGAGGAUGAAACGGCAGUGAUGGACCGAGUCGCUUAUGCAUAUCAACAAGCCUUCUUCCCUCUUCGCUUCUAUCCUGAAUUAUGGUACGACUUGGCUAAUUACUAUCUGGAACACAACAAACCCGAGAAGGCACUUUCAAUAUUGAAGCAAAGUAUCGAGAUUAUGCCUACUAGUCUUUUAUUAAACUUGUUUUACAGUGAAUUAUGUGAAUCCAGAAAACAACUGGAUGAUGCACGUGAAACAUAUGAACAACUGAUAUCAAGUCUAGACAAAGAGAUAGAGGAAAUUAGGGAAAAAGCACAAGCAGAAAUAGCGAAAUUGGAAAAGCAAGCAGAAGAGGAACGCGCCUCUAUGAAUUUAUCAGAUGAUAUUGAUGGUGAGCUCAGAGAGCAGCUACGUACGCGUGAGAAGCGGAUCAAGAAAGAGCAGGAGGCCCGUAAAAAAGACUCUGAUGAGAAAAUCGAAGUACUUGCACGUGGAGGCUCUUUAGUUUGGAUUAACUAUAUGCGAUUUGCUCGUCGCACAGAUGGUAUUAAGAGCGCUCGUGCCUUGUUCUCAAGAGCUCGUAAAGCAACCAAUUGUACUUACCAUGUUUAUGUUGCUGAUGCCCUUAUGGAAUAUCACAAUUCUAAAGACGCCACAAUUGCGGGGAAAGUAUUCAGUUUGGGUCAAAAGACAUAUGCAGAUAAUGCUGAUUUUGUAUGCCAAUAUUUGGAUUUCUUGAUUCAAAUGAACGAUGAUAACAACACUCGAGCAUUGUUCGAAAGAACUUUGGCAACAAUGCCUGCAGAAAGUGCUGAUCCUAUUUGGCGCAAGUUCUUAGAUUACGAAACUAAAUACGGAGAUUUGGCCUCGGUACAAAAUGUAGAGAAAAGACGAAUUGAAGCUAUGAAUGAUCCCAAUAUCAACACAAUGGAAUCAUUUUUGAAACGACAGUCCUACAUGGAUAUUCGCAAUAUAGAACACUACGAACUUGGUCUUUUAGCGCGUGAGCAACUGAAAUCUGAAUCUGCAUCAACUGCCGUUUCAAAAGCUAAUGAACCCCACCAGCAAGCACAACAGUCGCAACUCGGAGCACAGCAGUCUCUCCAUGAGCAUCGUACGCAUGAACAGCACAAACGACCUUUGUUGGAUUCAGUCUAUCCCGAAAGGUUCCCUCGUCCUGAUCUUGGUCAAUGGCAGAGCUACAAACCAGCUCCACGUCCAGUGAAUGCAUCACCCAUUAUCACAACUGUGAUUUCUGCACCUGUACCUGAAAUUCAACCAUCUCCUCAAACAUCACAUCAAGGACCUAUCCAAACAGAACCGGUUGUACGACAACAAACGUCCAUCCCAGCACAGCCUGCACCUUUGCCAAUGAUACAUCAACAUCAUAGUCCUCGUAUGACAGCUCCUCCUGUUCCUCAACAGAAUGCUUUACCCGACGCAGUAGCUUAUUUUGUAUCUAAUUUACCGCCCCCACAAACUUUCAACGGGCCUUUGAUUCAAGCAGUUGAAAUUGUAGAACUUUUAAGAAGUAUAGUUUUGCCUUUACCCCCAAAUCAGUCACAACCACAAACAGCCCCGAUGCCAUUUUCUGCACAACAACAGCCUACAUCACAGCAAAGACCGAUGGGUGGCCUAGGCGGUAAGGGACCUAUGCACCCUGGAGGUGGAAGAGAUGGUAACCGCGGUGGUCAAUUUGGAAAUCGUGGUGGUGGCGCGGGCGGCGCUGGUAAUCGUUCAGGUUAUGGAAAAGCCCGGGGCGGUAACAAUAAUAUGCGUAAUGCAGGAGGAGGAAAAGGUAUGAAACGUCGAGGACGGGACGAUUUUGAUGAUGAUUACCAAUCACCUAAAGGUAAGAAAAAAAGUUUUACAAUCACAGUGCGGCGGCCUCACUAA